AUGGAUCCAAUGCGACUACUCAAUCCCAAAGGGUAUGCGAAAGCCCAGGAGAAGUCUAAGAAGAAGGCGCCGAACUAUGGACCGACGCAGUCUCGCAAACCAGCUGCGGCUGCAGGAAGUGACGCAAAGCCGAGUCCAGUGCGAUUCGAUCCGAGAGCAUUACUCAACCCGAAGGCCGCAGUAGGUCGCCUGAAGAUGGCAGUGGACGGCGAUCAAGCAGAACAGCAGGCUCUUGGGAGUGACAUCCGUGACGACUCAAACCCCAUCGAUGCAGAAGAUCAAGGACCUGGACUCUCUUCAAUGCUCGAGAAGCAAUACGGAGUCACCGAGCGGGAGUCUGCGCUAGUGUCACGGAAGCGAAACACACCUGCGGAUGGCGAAGACGAAGAUGAACAGCAGCGCAAGAAGUCCAAGGCGAAAUUCGAUGUUUCCACCGAUGGGAUUAUAUCAGAUCACAUGAAAGCUGAACGCGAGAAGACUGCAGCAGAGUCCGGACCUGCCAAGACCACGAUCGAUCUCACCAACGACGAUGAUGACCUCGUGGUCGUAAGCGAGAACCGAGUUGCAGACAGCCGCGAAGUGUGCUUGGGCAAGAUUUCGGUCAAAGCAGGCGCCUUUCGGAUCCCACGCGGUUCGAGGAACAGCAAGUCCGGCGUACCGAACGACUUCUGGCCGAUGAUGAGAGUCUUCUUCCGCAGGCCCAACGUGCAGACCCAGAUCGUCGACCUCAUCGACAGACCGCAAGAGAGCGCGACGGCCAUUGCCUUCGCCAGACUGGAUCACGCGGCGGCAUCCGCCAUUCUCCCCCUCAUCGACGGUAGUCAUGUCAACAAGUUACGACUAAAGAUGUUUGUGGAUCCCAUACGGAAGCAGAACGGUGAAUACGAAGGAUGCAAGAUCUCUCGACCGAUCAACAUCAGUAUUAUCCUUUUCGCACCAAGAGACAAGGCAACGCGUAUCGGGGUGAUGUUGUCUCAAAAGCAGCUCUUCCUCUCCGUACCACCAGCAGGUAUGGUCGGCCGGAUCGAGUAUUGGAAUCCGCAGGUCCCGGAAGAGUAUGCGUCAAGCAACAAAGUGGCUCGGAAGCCUCAACGUAGCUCUGGUCCCAGCUACGGCGUCGCUCGGACAGAGGAACAGAUGCGUCGUGAGGCCGAGGGCAUUCUCGACGAGCUCUUCAACCUUGCAGACGAGAUCCCAGAGAUGGAGGCUGAUGGCACAAAGAUUACAACGCCGCUCAUGACACAUCAGAAGCAGGCGUUGCACUUCCUGACCACUCGAGAGCGCGCUGAUGGUGAGUCGGCCGGUGUCUCGACCGGCGUCUCCGGAGGUGACUCUGCAGCUUCACUCUGGAAAAGCCGACAGGGCAACCGAGGCGAGGUGUGGUACAACGUGAUCACCAACCAUGAGCUUCGCGAGAAGCCACCUCCAGUGCGCGGCGGCAUCUUGGCAGACAUGAUGGGUCUUGGAAAGACGCUGAGCAUUCUGGCCUUGCUCACAUCGACCAUGGACGAAGCUGCUCGAUUUGGCGGCGAAACCCCUUCAGCUGAUCUUGAGGAUAUCGUACGCAAUUCCAAGGCGACGCUUAUCAUCUGCCCGAAGUCCGUCCUUUCCAACUGGCAGGAGCAGGUCAAGCAGCACACGAAGAAGCGUCUGCUACAGAUCUACUGUUACCACGGCCCAGCACGUACUCAGGAUUUCGACGAACUUGCGAAUUACGACAUCGUUCUCACCUCGUACAGCACAGCAUCGUCCGAGUUCAGCGACCCGGCGAAGAGGCGCAAUGCUCUGGGGUCGAUCCAGUGGUUCCGAAUCGUUCUUGAUGAGGCCCAUCAGAUCAGGACUCAAAACACCCAAUUCUUUCAAUCGUGCCGUGCACUGGCAGCUCAGAGACGCUGGGCCUUGACCGGCACGCCGUUGCAGAACAGCGUCAGCGACAUUGGCUCGCUCGUCAGAUUCCUCCGCUUGAAGCCGUUCGACGAUGGCACCAGCUUUGCGCAGCACAUCUCGGGUCCCAUCAAGCGAGGGGGCAACAAAGACGCAGUGGGCCAUCUGCAAAUGAUCAUCCACGGCAUCACUCUGCGUCGCACGAAAGAGCGGAUCGACUUACCUGAGCGCAGAGAAGACAUUGUGCGUCUCGAUUUCACGGAAGCAGAAGCUAUCGACGUUCAUCUGUUUUCCCGGACUGCCAACAGGGACAUUAGGAUCAUGUCGAAGAGUCGUUUCCGCGGGAAGUCAUACGCUCACAUGCUGAAGUCUAUCGGUCGACUUCGCGCCUAUUGUGCUCAUGGGCGGGAAAUGCUUCACGAGGACGACAUGAAGGAGCUCGAGGGGCUCACUGCCAGCACCGCCAUCGAUCUUGGAGAUGAGCCAGACGAGGAGAACAAGGAGGACGGCACGUUCAUCGCAGAGCGCCAUGCUUAUGAGACACUGCACAUGAUGACCGAGAGCGAGACUGAUACUUGCACCAAGUGUGGUCGCAAAGUCUGUGAUGCAAAGGACGACCCUGAAGCGAAUCCGGCCUCCAAUGAGGAGUCUUCCGACGAGGACGACUCUUCCGACGAGGGAGAUGCUCGCGAUGUCCUUGGCUAUCUGACGCCAUGCUAUCACCUGAUCUGUCCCUCGUGCAAGGACGACCAUGUCGCGCUCACCCUCCCCAAGCUUCGCGUCGACCACUACCACCAUUGUCCUCACUGCGAGCAGUAUGUUCGGUUCGGCCUUUUCGAGCUUCGUCGUUCUGCACUCAAAGCUAUGCUUGACUCUCGCCGCAAGCUGAGCAAGAGGAAGGGCAAGGCUCAAUGGGACGAAUCGAACUACUCUGGACCUUCAACCAAAGUCAAAGCACUCCUCGACGAUCUCAGGAAGAACGAGGCAGAGACCGCUAGCUUGGGCAUUGACGAGCCGCCCAUCCGCUCCGUCAUCUUCUCCGGCUGGACCACGUACCUUGACUUGAUCGAGGUCGCUCUCGACGACGCAAACAUCGGCUACGCUCGCCUCGAUGGUAGCAUGGGCCUCAAAGCCCGUGCCUCGGUCAUCGAGACAUUCAAGGCGGACCCAGCUGUCACCGUGUUGCUCGUCUCGAUCAAGGCUGGUGGCCAAGGUCUGAACUUCACCGCCGCCUCGCGCGUCUACAUGAUGGAGCCGCAGUUCAACCCCGGUGUCGAGCAGCAGGCCAUCGACCGCGUGCAUCGCAUGGGUCAGAAGCGGCCGGUGGAGAUCAAGCGCUACAUCAUGCGUACGAGUGUGGAGGAAGGGAUCUUGAGGCUGCAAGAGAAAAAGAAUAAUUUGGCGAAGGUGAGUCUCGACAAGAAGAAGGUGGGGACCAGUGGUGGGGACAUGGUGGAUAUUCUGCAGAGCAUUGGGCAGGAUGAUGGGAAGUUGGGACUUCGUGGGUGA